AUGCCGCCGCUUAAUCCGGCUUCUUUGGAAGCCAUCCACCGACUCCGAACAUACGUUCCUCCGCCAACGGCAUAUGGCGAUGUCCCGCUCAGCAGACGGGCGGCUGUGCUGAUACUGCUGUAUGCCGAUCCUCAUGGAGAGCUGCGAGUUGUGAUUACGAUCCGGGCCAAGACACUGAGUUCGUAUGCAGGCGAAGCUGCUUUACCGGGAGGACGCGCAGACAGUCUGGCCGAGACGCCCUUCCAGACGGCGCGGCGCGAGGCCUGGGAGGAGAUCGGGUUGCCCGAUAUCGAACAGCCGCUCCCGCAACCUUUCCGCGUGGAGCAUCUCUGCGAGUUGCCGGCAAAUCUUGCCAAAACAGAGCUGGUGGUACGGCCCUGCGUCGCGCUGCUGCACUCGUUUGAUGAAGCGACGGGCGCGCAGGCCGACCCGGAGAUCUCGUUGAUCCCCAAGCUGGAUGCGCGCGAGGUGGCGGUCGUGUUUACGGCGCCCUUCCAGAGCUUUUUGCGGUUGUCGCAAACUCCUGGCGAGGACCCGGGGGAGUGGUAUCGUGGGUCGUGGAAUGUGUGGCACAAUUCCAACUGGCGCAGUAUGGUUUCCAAUUUCGUUUUCCCCUUUCUUUCCCUGUUGAUUGUCCCCAAAGAUGAGGCGACCCGAGGGGGCUAUGAUCCCUGCCAGGGAGGCAACGGUCUUGUGCCCCCCUUUGACGAACGACACAUGGGCGAAGGCAUGGAAGGGGUGGGACCGGGACGGCUGUCAGACUCCACCUGGUUUUGGCUGCACCAGUUCUUUGUCCAGGCGAACGACCAGGUGGUCAGGCCCCGACGUGGGGCGCCGCGAGUCCCGGCUGAUGGACAGAAGGAGCGAUAUCGCGUGUUCGGGAUGACCGCAAGAAUCAUCGUGGACGCCGCGCGAGUGGCAUACGCGCGCGAACCCGAGUUCGAGCACAACAGCCACUUUGGCGACGAGGAGAUGAUUGCCAAGUUGCGCCGGCUGGGCCGGUUGCGUGGGCGCCGCAGCCCGUCGGACGAACUCACGCUCGAGACGAUGGAGAAGGCAGCGAAACUCAGUUGA